AAAAAACCUAUACUUCGUCCUACGAAACUUUUUCGUAUUAUUGAUAUACCCCAAAACGAUUACGGAAUACCUGAUGAAACAUCCACCAAUAGGUAUGUUCCUUACAGAAGUGCUGAAUAUAAAGGCAAAACAUACAUAUAUGUUGAAGGAGAAGAAACGGACGAUUACACACAUAUUUGGGAUAUAUCUUCCUCUGACCUAACUUCAUCAGAAAGUGACGUGGAAGAACUAGAUAUUAAUGAUAUAUAUCCAUAUAAAUCCCCUAAAUAUAAAACUUUGAUCGAAGUAGUACUAAAACCUAGUACAAAUAAUAAUGUACAAGAUAAUUAUACAGAUGAUGUGAAAGAUAAUAGUGAUAAACUCACCCAUAAACUUACAGAUGAGGAAUGGAAUCAAUUAAAACAGGAUUUUAUUUCGCAAUAUUUACAAAAUAUACCAAAGGAUUUACCUAAUGAAAAUACCAUUGAUGAUAAUUUCUAUAUGGAUACACAACCUAACAUUAUACAUAAUAAUAUGGAAGAAAAACCUUUUAUUACAUCUAUUCAAGAUAGAAAAUUAUAUAGUGAUAACGAUGUUUUUAGUUAUAAUAUAGAUUGGAAUGUUCCCAAAAAUGAUAAUAGGACUACCAAUAUCAUGAAUGAUCCAAAAUAUGUUUCAAAUGAUCAAUAUACUGGAAUUGAUCUAAUCAAUGAUUCAUUAUUAUGUGGUAAUGAUAUAUAUGAUGAGUUAUUGAAAAGAAAAGAAAAUGAAUUAUUUGGAACAGAUUAUCCGAAACAUACAUCAACAAAUCGUGUUCUCAAGGGAACACAUAGUGAUCCUAUAAAUAAUCAAAUAGAUUUGUUCCAUAAAUGGUUAGAUAGACAUAGAAAUAUGUGCAACCAAUGUAAUAAUAAAGAGGAUAUUUUGAACAAAUUGAAUGAAGAAUGGAAUAAAGAAAAUAACGAACAUGUAUUGUAUACAUCGUCAAAUGAUAUUCACAAAUUUAAUGAUGAAACAUAUAAUAUGAUUAAUGAAAAUACUAAUGAACUUAAUGAUAUAACAACUCUUGAACAUCGUGGAUCAACAAAUAUUCCUCCUAAUGAUCUUACAACAACAAAUACGAAUGUUCAAACAAAGAAUUUACGCACAAAUAUAUCUAUGGAUAUACAUUUUGAUGAAAAUAAUAAUAAUGUGUUAACCACUAAUGUAAAAAGGAACGAAAAUCAUUGGGAAAAUUCGUAUAAUUUAUGA